UUUGUCUUUGCUCUUCCUACAGCCUUACGCAUUCAUUGGGUUUGCUUUGUCUACAUUUCGUCGUCGCUGCUUCGGCUUCGCGUGAUCCGGGGUGAAGUAGAGUUUUGAAAGAGUGGCUAAAGGAAGCUUCUUCGGCCCCUUCGACAACGUUGUUCCUGUCAGAUCGGAAGUCUCGAGGGGAGCUCGCAGCGAAGUGUGAUUUCUCAUCCAAAUUAGAUAUGGCUCCUGAAGCCAAUACGGCAGUUCCACCAACCAAGAUUUUUCAUUCUGCUUCUGAAUUCAAGCGAUGGGGUAGGAAGUAUCCUUUCAUUAGAUACGGCUUGCCCCUCAUUUCACUCACCGUGCUGGGUUCAAUCGGACUUUCUCAUCUCAUACAGGGCAGUAAAGAAGUAACAAAAGAGAAGGAUGAUCUUGAGUGGGAUAUUAUUGAAACAACCAAAGCGUUGACAAGAACAGGCCCUUCAACGGGCUAUAAUCCAAGGAAAAUUUCAUUGGAGGAGGAGCUGAAGGCUUUGCAGGAGAAGGUUGACAUUAACAACUAUGAAUACAAGAGGAUUCCCAGGCCAAAUGAGGGCGACUAAAAUCGAAUGUAAUAACCUCUUUUUUAUUUAUUUUAGGGAGAUUUAUGCCGUUGCCC